AUGAAGAAAGGGCCGUGGAAAGUGGAGGAAGACGAAGUUCUUCUCAACCAUGUCAAGAAGUACGGCCCCAGAGACUGGAGCUCCAUUCAGUCCAAAGGCCUCCUGCAACGCAGCGGCAAAUCCUGCCGUCUCCGGUGGGUCAACAAACUCCGACCAAACCUCAAGAAUGGGGUGAAGUUUUCUGCGGAGGAGGAGAGGGUAGUGAUCGAUCUGCAGGCGGAGUUUGGGAACAAAUGGGCGAGAAUCGCGACGUAUUUGCCGGGAAGAACCGACAACGAUGUCAAGAAUUUCUGGAGUAGCAGGCGCAAGAGGCUGGCCAGGAUUCUCCACAAUAAUAACCAUAAUUCCGCAGCUUCAUCGUCGCAGUCUAACAUGUCGCCGGAAAAAAACUCCGUCGCCGUCGAGGAACCCCCAGCUUUUCAUCAGGCUUCAUCCCUAGAGGCACAGAAGUUGAGCUCAAUAGAUGAUGAACAAGAAGGGAUGUUAGUGUCAAAGCCACAAUCUUGUUCAUCAUCGUCGAACGUGGUCGGAAAAUCCGAGGAGGCCUGCAACGUUGUUCCGGCAAUGCCGCCGGAGAAUAUUCCGAACCCGUUCAUUUUCGAGCCUGUUAAUCUGUUUCAUCCGCACCUUCUUUCCUUCCCGGAAUUUCCACAGCUUCUGACGGACGACGGCAUUGCUCUGCCGCCGGCCAUAGAAAGCCUGCCGCAGGAUGGUUUCAACGACAACCUAGGACCAUUAUGGGAUCCGAGCUUGUUGGAUAUGUUCGGAAGUUCUGGUGCUUGUGAUGCUUCUGGGAUGGGAAAUGGUAUGCCGCAGCUUCCAUUCCCGUCGCCGUGGGGUGCGCCGGAGGGAAGUUUCCGGCGGGAGGAUGGUGUGAAGAAAGAGGCCGGAACCCUAACUCCGGAUAGCUUCAUUGAUGACUUUCCGAUCGAUAUGUUUGAUCAUAUUGAGCCGCUUCCCAGCCCAUCUGAUUGGUGA